UUAGCCGGAGUUUAUACGUGUUGUUUAAUACAGGCGUAGUUUGCACAUUUAUAAAUUAAUUAAAUUAAAUUAUUGUUUUUAUGUAAAAAGUAUCAAGUGAAGUUUAGCGACCGAGCUGCUAGGUUGAAAACAUAUUUAAAUAAAAUAAUAAAUAGAAGACAGUUGCUACUUGAAGUCAUUGAAAAGCGCUUAAAUGUCACAACAUACCAAAAAGGACACAGCCAGCCAUGCGAAUAGCACACGCCAGCGCAAACAGGACGAUAGCAACAGCAACAGUAACAGCAACAGCAAGAGUCAAAAGAAACAGGCACCCAAUGGGAGCACAAAGGGCGGCGGCAGCAGCAGUAGCAACUCCAACAGCAACACCUCAUUUACAAUUAGCAACAGCAGCUCUGCCAAAAUGCAGACAAAUGCAACAACAACAACGGCACAGGCACACAUAAAGCAGACGAGCAAAACGCAGUUAAGCAAAAAGGAUAAACAGCAAAAAGACAAAGAGCGCGAUGAGCGAGCACAGCUGGUGCUAUGGCGACGUCCUCUGCAGACGUCCAAAUACUGUGCACUCGAACUGAUUGCACUGCUGCGCACAUGGAGCAGCAGAUUAAUGCAGCAACGCGGCCUGUUGGCUGUAUUAAUAGUAUUAGGCAUUGUAUUUAGCAUAAUUUAUAAAAUUGAUGGUCCUCAUCAGAUGGCCAUUGAGCUAGUGCGUCAAAACACCUGGUUUUUUGUCUACUGGAUUGGCCUGGGUGUCCUCUCAUCCGUUGGCUUGGGCACCGGCCUACACACGUUUCUUCUAUAUUUGGGACCGCACAUAGCCAGUGUCACAUUGGCCGCCUAUGAGUGCAAUUCUCUUAACUUUCCCAAGCCACCAUAUCCCGACGACAUCAUUUGUCCGGAGGAGCCAUAUGAGAAGCGUGUGCCCGAUAUCUGGGCCAUAAUGACUAAAGUACGCCUUGAGGCAUUCCUUUGGGGCGCUGGCACCGCACUGGGCGAACUGCCGCCAUACUUUAUGGCCAAGGCCGCUCGACUCUCCGGCUGCGAUCCCGAUGAUGCCGAGGAGUUGGCCGAAUUUGAGGCACUCAAUGCCAAGCGUCAUCAAAAGAAUCUUAGCCUAAUGGACAAGGGCAAGCUGUUCAUGGAGCGCGUAGUCGAGCGCGUUGGCUUCUUUGGCAUACUGGCUUGUGCAAGCAUUCCCAAUCCUCUGUUCGAUUUGGCCGGCAUCACGUGCGGACAUUUCCUGGUGCCAUUUUGGACGUUCUUUGGAGCGACACUUAUUGGCAAGGCCAUCAUUAAGAUGCACAUACAGAAAAUCUUUGUGAUUAUCGCAUUCAAUGAGUCGCUACUCGAGCGUGCUGUCGAUUUAUUGGCAUCGCUUCCCGUCUUUGGACGCAAGCUGCAGCAGCCAUUUAAAGGAUUUCUCGAAAACCAGAAGCAGCGAUUGCAUAGACAGCAGCGUGGACGCGGCGCCAGCGCUGGCGGUGACUCUGGCAAUCUAUUAUCCAAGAUCUUUGAGACAUUUGUUAUUGGCAUGGUCUGCUAUUUCGUAGUGUCCAUUGUCAAUUCGCUGGCCCAGAGCUAUCAUAAGCGACUGCAUAAGAAAUCUCGCAACUCGACGUCGGGAGCAGCUGCAGUGACCACGCCCACCGGCACACUGAGGAAGCCUGCCAAGCAGAAGGCGCUCCGCGACUAAACGCCAAAGCCACUUUAGUUUCGCCACCCUUUCCGCAAUUUAUGCAAAAUUCUUUGUUAAUAUUUUUCUCUCAGUUUACCCCUUUUUUUAAGUGAUUUUUGCGUUUUUUUUUUUUUAUUAUUAUUGUGUUAGUCAAAUUCUAAAGGUUCUGCUAAUUCUGCUUUUGUAUGUCUCGAUAAGAGUGGAAUUUGUGAGAGAACCGUAUAAAUUAAAUAUAUUGUACAAGGUAUUUUUUUUGUGCUAGCGAGUGAAUUAGAAUGGAAUUGCUGAUAGAGCUGCUUGGAAUGACCGUAGUAGACUAGACUAGUUAAAAAGAGAAAAUAAAAUAACAAAAAUAUAAGUAUAAAAUAGAAAUA